CGAGCAUGCGCACUCCGAAGUGCUGGUUGCCGUGACAACAAGGAAAGUUACGGGACGGUGCGACCCGGAGGCGGGGAGGCCGGUCAGAAGAAUGGAAGGAACUGUAAUGUGAUGCUAGACUUUGUUGAAGCCACGCCACGGUGUUUCCUUAUUGAGCAUGUUAAAAAAUAAGGAUCACUCAUCUAAAAAAGGUAACUUAGCAGUCACUGCAGUUGCCUUACAGGACCACAUUUUACAUGAUCUUCAACUUGGACAUCUAUCGGUAGCAGACCCUUGUAAGACAAAUGUGCAAAAGAAUGAGAACAAGACAAAAUCUCUCAAAAGAGACACAACGGCCAUAAUAGAUACUGGGCUUAGAAAAUCUACAGAGGGCCCCAAAGUGGAAGAUCCAGAAAGGGAGUAUGUUCUAGAUCCCGCACCGCCAGCACUAACUUUAGCCCAGAAACUAGGCCUCUUGCCACCUCCCCCAUUGCCACUGUCGUCAGAUGAAUGGGAGAGAGUGAAGCAGAGAUCCCUCCUACAGGGGGACUCCAUGCAACCAUGCCCGAUAUGUAAAGAAGAAUUUGAGCUCCAUCCUCAGGUGCUGCUUUCCUGCUCACACGUAUUCCACAAGGCAUGCCUUCAGGCUUUUGAAAAGUUCACAAAUAAAAAAACCUGUCCCCUCUGUAGAAAGAACCAAUAUCAAACCAGAGUGAUACAUGAUGGGGCCCGCCUGUUCAGAGUAAAGUGUGCCACCAGAGUCCAAGCCUACUGGAGAGGGUAUAUCGUUAGGAAGUGGUACAGAAACCUAAGGAAAAUAGUCCCUCCUACGGAUGCCAAGUUAAGAAGAAAGUUCUUUGAAGAAAAGUUCACAGAAAUCAGCCACCGACUCUUGUGCUCAUACAACACCAACAUAGAUGAACUCUUCUCAGAAAUCGACCUCUGCUUGGCUGUAAAUCGCAGCAUUCUUCAGCAGCUAGACGAAAGAUGUGGCCAUGAGAUCACUGAGGAGGACUGGGAGAAAAUCCAAGUGCAGGCUGCUCACCGGGAGAUCUACGAGUGUUCCAUCUGCCUGACCCCACUCUCCUUCCAUGGUGACUGCCGGCAAGCAGCUGUAGGAACCAGCGGCCAGCGGCCCCGUGAAACAGUCCUCCUGUCCUGUGCACACCUGUUCCACCAUGCCUGCCUCCUGGCCUUGGAAGAGUUUUCCUUGGGAGACAAUGCUCCUUUCCAUGCCUGUCCUCUCUGCCGCUCCUGCUACCAAAAGAAAAUUCUUAAAUGCUGAAUUCAUGUUCAGGAAGUUAAGACUAAAAAGGAGUAAAAAGCCUACCUUGUUUCUGGAUGAGCUGCGUGAGUUUUGGGUUGAGUACUACACUGCUGUCUGUUCUUUGUGAUUACGCAAAGGAGAUAUAAGGGCCCAUCUAACUAUCACCCUUAUUACAUAAAAAGCAGUUUGUGUAUUGUGAGUUUAGUUACUUGAAAUAAAUGAGGAAUAAU